GUUGUCGAAAACAGCAACAUUGUUUCCUUCUGUAGACAAAGGUGCCUCGACAACCCAAUAAAUUACUGAAUAGUCAUCCAGUUCUGUGGCUUCUUGGGGAAGAUAUGGAAAAACAACCGAGGUUGUUGGCAUCCCAACUCCUACUGAAAAACAGCUUAUUCGAAGUGUCGUUAAACCGUGUGCUUCUGACAUGGAAAGAGAUUCCGACCAAGAAAAAACGCGUUUCUGGGGGCAUACAUCACCCAUUUAAAGUCGGUAACAGUCACGGCGUGUCAGUGUCUGAGAUCCUAGCAGUCAGGGAGCUCGAUGUGGACAGCGGGACGAAAGAUGACGGCAGGUGGCAGAAAAUGCCUCAGAAAUCGGCUGAGGCCUAUCCAUACGCAUUCACAGUGUCCUAUGUGGAGAGAGCGAGGCAGCACCGCUGGCGGUGUAGUGACGUCACCUUUCACUGUCUAGAGGGGGCACUGUGUCAGCAGUGGGUCCAGACCAUCAGAGAGCAGCUCACAGCACUGACCAGCAGACCCAAGCAUUUGCUGGUGUACAUCAACCCCUAUGGGGGCAAGCAGCAAGGCGAGCGUAUUUACGAGCAGAAAGUUGCCCCUCUCUUCACCCUUGCCUCCAUCUCCACGCACGUGAUUGUUACAGAGCAUGCCAAUCAUGCCAGGGACCACCUGAGGACAGAGGCUGAGUUGAAGCAAUAUGAUGGAGUGGUGUGUGUGGGCGGGGACGGCAUGUUCAGUGAAAUGGUUCACGGCCUGGUCUCCCGGAUCCAGAGGGACAACGGCGUGGACCAGAACAGCCCGGAGGAGAAGCUGGUACCCUGUACUCUGCGCAUCGGCAUUAUACCCGCAGGUUCAACGGACUGCAUCUGCUAUGCAACUGUAGGCAUCAACGACCCUGUGACCUCGGCCUUACACAUCAUAGUGGGAGAUGCCCAGCCAAUGGACGUGUGCUCGGUCCAUCACAACAACACAUUCCUGAGGUACUCUGUGUCCCUGCUUGGGUACGGUUUCUAUGGCGACGUGUUGGCAGACAGCGAAAGGAAACGAUGGAUGGGACCAGCCAGAUACGACUUUUCAGGUUUUAAGACGUUUCUCACACAUCACUACUAUGAAGGGACUGUGUCUUUUCUACCAGCAACUGACAUAUUGGGAACUCCACGAGACAAGACCAGGUGUAGAGCUGGGUGCUUCAUAUGCCAACACAACGGACAACUGUAUUCCGAGGAUGCCCCAGAGAUUUGCGAGACUGAUCCAGAUGUUUCAGACAGUGAAUACAAAGGGGGGUGGCGGGUGAUCAGAGGGAAGUUCCUGGCCAUCAACGCGGCCAGUAUGAGCUGUGCCUGUCCCCGAAGCCCCAAGGGCCUGUCCCCCGCUGCCCACCUCGCUGACGGCACCACCGACCUCAUCCUCGUACGCAAGUGCUCCCGAUUCAACUUCCUGCGCCACCUGCUACGCCACACCAGCAAAUACGACCAGUUUGACAUGACCUUUGUAGAAGUGCACCGUGUGCGGCGCUUCCGCUUCACGCCGCGCUACUGCCAGAGUGACUCCGAGUUGGACCUGAGGGAGAAUGGCAAGAGGCUCUUCAGCCAGAUCUGCCGAGACCACCCGGCCUGCAGCUGUAGCCCUGCCUACAGCAGCUGGAACUGUGACGGCGAGAUCCUCCCCCAUGCUGCCAUUGAAGUCGGAGUGCACUGCCAGUUGAUCAAGCUGUUUGCGCGAGGGAUCGAAGAGCAGCCUGUGUUUGAGGACCUUCCCAACCCGUGUGCAGUAUAGAUCCCCCCCUCUGCUGCCCUACCCUAUCAAAGUCACUGGAACAGUCCUACUGCAUUUCAAAGGCUACUGCUGUCAUAUCCUUACCCCUGUACACUACCUUUUUCUGAUAUACUUUGAGGUCUUUCAGACAUCUGUUUUCUGGGGCCAUUUUUGUGUGUCUGCCACAUUUUAGAGGUCACAAGUUCACAGGUCAAAGAGUACUGGUGAUGGUACACCUACAGAGAGGUUCACUAUCCACAUCCUGAAGAAGAAAUUAUGAAAAUACUAAGCGGUAUUGAAUGAAACUCUUUUCCGCUCUCCUUUUUCAAUAGAGCGAUGUUAACCUAGCAAUUAACAUGCUGUUCAACAUUUAUAGAACUCCUCUUUGCACGUUUUACAAUGUAUGCUGCUCCAAAUUAUGAAUAACUGUUACAACGUUUUGUUUAUUUAGUCAUUUAGAGAAAACAUUUAAUUAGAGGAUGUUUGAAUUUUGCUAGCUGCUUGCACUUUUGUUUCAAAUAGGCCGUAUGCAUUUUGACCUUAUAAGCAAUGCCUUGUUAGAAGUUAUUUCACAGCACCUAAAAAGCAUGAAUUUGAAUACAUAUGUGUUGAUGAUCGGAUAUUGGGUGAACCAGAGCACUCUCUAGGGCAGUGUUUCCCAACUCCAGUCCUCAAGUACCCCCAGCAGUACAUUAUUUUUAUUGUGCCCCCGAACAAGCACAACUGAUUCUACUUGUCAACUAAUCAUCAAGCCCUUGACAAUUGAACCAGGGGCCUCAUUUAUCAACCUUGCAUACAUGUCUUACUUAGUUCUGAGGUACGUGGAGAUUCUAGGAUUUGUGUAACAAAUGUAUCAAACUGUCGCACGCAACAUAUACGCAUGUUGUCAUUGUUAAAUCAGAGCCAUACGAUAUUUGUGGGCUUGUAAACAAGCACUAAAACUUGACUUGAAAAACGCCCUCCAUUCACAUUUUAUGAUAACAAAAAUUCCCAAAUUUGCUGUAUGAUUUGAAGAUGCUGGAGCUGGGCCAGGAUAGUUUCUAAAAUAAAUCGCAAUAGCACAUUUGAUCACAUUUCUGUACAUGUGUGUGCAGAAUGUUUUUUAAAAUAUUUUGCAGUGACAUAUGCCUCCUAUAGCGAGUGCCAAACACUGUCCACGCGUACUGCAAGAUUGAUUGUCCAUUCGAAACAUUUUAAAAGUAAAUGCUACAGCCCACACUUCUAUGCAAGAAUCUAAUUGUUGUUCAAUAUUUUGUUUAUCAAUAGAAGAUAGAAACACAAUCUCCUGCCUUGGUAUAUGCUCUGAGAUGAAUAGGCUAUUAUGUCUCGCUCCUGUCGCAAAGCAAUACUGUGGCCUACCCAUACUGUCAUAUAGGCUAUCAGUCUAUGGUUGGCUAUUGAAUGAGUGAUGGAUAAAUGGUAGCCUAAUAAUUGUUGCGAAGCGGGAAUAACCAGUCGUCAGAAAAGGAGAAAUGUCCUGUAAUAUGAUUUAGGUCUAUAUAAUUAAAGUUAAAUAAAUAUAUUAGGCAACAUGCUGCUAUGCGAUCUUCAUACCAACGGCAAAUGCAUCUGUGUUAUCGUUAGACCAAGGUUUUAAUGUUUUUGUUCGCCUAACAUUCUUAGAAUUCCUGUGCAUCAAACACCUCAAUUUCUGCCAAAAUAACAAUAUUUGCUUGCAAUACCACUAGAAGUUGCAUGGUUUGAGAUUUGCGUGGAGCUAUGCAUGCUUUCAAGUUCAGAAUUGGUAAAUACCAAUCUUUACGGAAAAACUGGCGGAUGCAAGGUUUAGUCUUUUUUGUACGCAUUUUGAUAAAUGAGGCCGCAGUUGUAUUUGUCUGGGGCUACAACAAAAAUGUGUGCUGUUGGGGGUACUCGAGAACAGGAGUUGGGAAACACUGCUCUAGGGGUACCCGAUACCAGCCAGACUCUUACCUUAAAGGAGAAGUUCGAUUUUUUUUUAUAUUUUUUUUUACAAACAAAUCUGUAUUUUGAAUGUAAAUGGCAUGUUAUAGAAGGGUCCAGACACUUUUUUUUUGUGCGAUUUCACGUGUUUGUGAGAAACCCCAAACAGUGAUUCUCUCCCUCAUCCUCGUUGUGCAAUACGGGUGCUCUGAAAGUAGAGUAAAUGCUAAAAAAAUGUCAUCUUUUAAACGAUAAUGCUCUCAGUAUAGUAAUGCAGGUCUUUAGAUAUUGUACACAUGUAAUUGUGUCAUUCCGAACUUUUCCGCAAUGUUAUAUUCAGUUUUGUGAGACUAGAGUUUCCCAUAUCCAGUUGUUCCAUUAUCUAUGUAGCCUGCUGCUAGAAUGGACGGAGAGGUAUCACUCCAGUCGCAACAAAAUGGAAUA